CAAUCUGGCAUUGCAUCCUUCAUAAUGGACAUCAGAAAUGUCUUGAUCAUUGGCAAUCGACAACUCUCCUUCUCAAUCCUUAGUGCCCUGCUGCAGAAAUCCCUAACCGACGUCAGUACGCCGUAUCACGUCUCUGUGUUAACUUACCCCUCCCAAACGCCGUGGCUACCCCCAAAUACUCCCCCAAACCUAGUCGAACACAGGACAUCUGACUUCUCUGUGCCGUCCCUAGAAUCUUCAUUUUCCGGGCAAGACAUGGUCAUAAAUACGAUAGCCGGAGGGGACUACAACUUUCAAGCCCGAGUAAUCGAUGCUGCGGUCCUCGCAGGAGUCAAACGCUUCGUGCCCCAUGAAUUUGGACACGAUUCCCUUAAUGAAGCUGUACACGAAAGAUUACCGCGAAGCGCAGACCGCGCCAAGGUCGUUAGAUACCUUCAUGACCUCUCCAGAACCCACCUCGAUUUCGAAUGGGCCGCUGUGUCCGUUGGCUGUAUCCUUGAUCAUGUCCUCGUGGCCGGCGAUCUCGGCUUCGACAUGCAAUGGCAAAGUGUCACCAUCCACGGAACCGGAACCGAACCAUUUGCCGUUUCAAGUCUCGAAAGAGCUGGGAAUGUGGUAGCGAAUAUCAUUCAGCACUGGGACCAAGUCAAAAACCGCUACCUAUAUGCCGCAGGCGUUUUGACAACGGCAAAUGACGUCUUGGCUUGUCUAGAGAGAUCCUCUGGCAAGAAAUGGAGCGUGGAAUAUGAGCAUGUCGAAGAGUCAAUAAAAGAAGGGAAGAAGAGAAUUGAGCGUGGAUAUCCUGAUUCUGGUAUGUUCUUACUUGAGAGGAGUGUUCUGUAUGAUGAGAAAUUGAAGGCGGUUGGGGCCUUUCAGAAGAGAAGUUCGAAUGGAAUCCUGCGGCUGGAGCCAGAAAAAAUCGGUCACAUCGUUGCCAAGGCUUACCAUGAGUUCAAGCGCCGAGGUCAGCCGGGCUGUGGAUGCGAGUAAUCCGCGAAAGGCUAGAGGAUCGUCGUUGAGGGGUGGAAGUUGAAGCUCUCCAGGUUGGCACCAAUCUUCGAACUCGAACACAGUCCGCUAGUACCUUCACAGUACCUGGAGCAGCCACCACACAACGAGUCUCCCUUGAAUUUACAUCUAAUGCACACGAUUUCAGAACAAAAAUCGAGCACCUUCACUGUCCCGACACCAGACAAUCCUCAUCAUCUAGACCACAAUCCCCGCGCGACCUAGAAGUGGAAUAUGUCUCAAUAUUCUAUUAUCUGCAUUCGUGGAGCCAGACGAUAU